AGGGGGGAAAGGGGAGGAGGAGGACCGAGGACGGGACUGUCGGUGCGGCGGGCCGGGUGAGCAGCAGCGCAGCGGGCCGCCAUGGACAGGACGGUGGUGGUGAAGGUCGGAGCCGCGGCCAGCGCCAGUGUCUGCGUCGUGUUCGGCGGCGUGGCGCUGGCCCAGUACCUGGUCGCCAAGAAGAAGCGAGCGGGGAAGAAAACGAGGAUCAUCGAGAUGAUGCCUCAGUUUGAGAAACCCACGGUGCACAUCAGGGACCCUGAGCGGGUGGAGCAGAUCAUCUGCGGCCUCAUCAAGGGAGGAGCCUCCAAACUGCAGAUCAUCACCGACUUCGACAUGACGAUAAGCAAGUUUGCUAUCAACGGCAAGCAAUGUCCGACGUGUCACAAUAUUAUCGAUAACUGCAAACUGGUGACAGACGAAUGCAGGCAGAAGCUGCUGCAGCUGAGGAACAAAUAUUAUCCCAUUGAGAUUGACCCUUACCUGACUAUAGAAGAUAAAUAUCCUUUUAUGGUGGAGUGGUAUUUUAAGGCCCACUCGCUGCUCGUGGAGCAGCGGAUAGAGAAGGACAAACUGCCGGAGGUGGUGAGAGAGUCCGACGUCGCCCUCAGGGAAGGUUACGAGCAGUUCUUCGAUCGCCUGCAUCAGCACGACGUGCCCGUCUUCAUUUUCUCCGCUGGCCUGGGAGACGUGCUGGAGGAAGUCAUCCGUCAGGCGGGAGUUUACCACUCCAACAUGAAGGUCGUCUCCAACUUCAUGGACUUUGAUGACAAGGGAGUGCUGAGGGGAUUCAAAGGGGACCUGAUCCACGUGUACAACAAACAUGACGGCGCUCUGCGCAGCACCGACUACUUCAAGCAGCUGAGGGACAACAGCAACAUCAUCCUGCUGGGAGACUCGAUGGGAGACCUCACCAUGGCCGACGGCGUUCCCAACGUGGAGAACAUGCUCAAGAUCGGCUUCCUCAACGACAGGGUGGAUGAGCGCCUUGAAAAAUACAUGGACUCUUACGACAUUGUCCUCGUGAGGGACGAGACACUGGAAGUGCCCAAUGCCAUUCUCCAGAAGGUCCUGUAAACUCCCUGCUCUGUUUUCUCACCGCCUCCCCUGCAGCCUCGGGCCAACCCGACUCCUCACCACUGUGUAACUCCUCCACUCUCUCCGCAUUCAAUCAGCAUCUUGCUCCGAUUCUCUGCCCCUUUCCUCAGACACGGCUGUCCAACAGCAUCAAAAAAAAAAAAGGAUGUCCUGCAUCUGAAUGAGAACGGCUUGUCACGUUGUCUCCCCGGUCAUCUUCUGAUAAAAAGAGAUGUGAGGGGGGGAAAAAAAAAACAAAUACACGCUGUCACUCCAUCCUCAUGGCUUGCACACUAUUGUUAUUUCUGGAAGUAUUUUUGGAUAUUGUAAAAGUUGCACACGUCAAACCAGCUACUAGCAGGCAGACGUAGCGUUGCGGAGCUGUGUCACGCCGACCUGGUGAGCGUUUCAACGUGAGCUGCGGGGGUUUUGGAUCCGCUCACGGCUGCCGAAGUUAGUAACCCAUAAGUAUAGGAAAUGAUUUCCUCGAAAGCAACUUGAAUGUCUUGGUCUGCUGCAGCGUGAUGACGACAAACAGUGUUAGUGACGGAAAAAGAAGGAUUCAGGUCGUACGAAAUGAAACUCCUAAGAUCUCAACAAACAAAAACAAGGAAUUGCACUUUACAUUCUUUUAUGCAGAAGAAUUACGUGUGGCUAUAGCUUUUGAUUUGUUGCCGGGAACAUUCUUGCACCAAAAAAAAAAGCUAUGUUUACAUAUUUAUUUAAUUCUAAUGUGCUAAUUUGAUAUCAUUUUAACCCACAGAGGAGGAAGAAAACUAAGCUUUUCAUCGUACGAAAGGACAUAUUCGUGCUGUUCUUUGCGUAACCUGUUUACCCGAACAUUCUGCAACCUGGUGUUGAAGGUUAGAGACAAUGUUUAAACCUGAAGCUGACCUCUAGUGGCUGUUAUGUGGAAUUACAACCGUGAAAACAGGCCUAAGCCUUCAGAUUUGCUUGUAAAUAAAGAUUCUUAUACUCAUUAUAUCUGAGGCGUUUCACUGAUUCAGGAGUAAACAUAAUAUUCCUCGCUCUCUAACACCAAGUGUAAGACCUGUUUAAGUGUUUUUAUCACGUUUUUUUUUUAUUCUGUGCAUUUGAGCACUACCUCUGGAAUAUAUUUUUUCAGGAGAUUCAAAGCUAAAUUAUCCGUUUUUUCAGCAUGUUGUUUCCCUCUAAGUUGUUUGUGUUUUAAAUGUGCUGCUAUCACCUGCAUGUUGCCUUUUCUUAUCAUAGUGUUUAUGUCUGAGAAAGGAGAGACUAAAGACUUAUUUAUCAUUAAAACGGGGAGUACUGUCCUACUGUAUAUGUGGGAGUUAUAUGAAAAAUGUAUAUUGUUUUUCUGCUUUUGAGAUAUGUUCUGACUUGGGUGUUUUAUUGUUUUUUUUUAAAGCUUAUGGCUUUAUUUGAUGCUGUGAAAAUAAAAACAUGCAAUAAAUUUAAAGAAGUCAUGACUGGAUCACAGACCGGAAUA